CGGUCACACAAAGUGAUAAGAGAUCCCGAAAACAUCCUCGAAUCUACAUCCUCGAAAGCACUACAGGGGAUCGCGCAAUUCGGCACAAACGGCGCGCGGCUGCCUAUCAGUUGCGAAUCCGAUUCUGUCGGGAGAAGAAGGAACUUUAAGAAACCUCCAGACACUCAACAAAACCGACGGAAAAACAGCAAAUCCAAAAUGCCCCAAGCAGACACAGUUUUUCAGUCUCGUUCAGAUGGAAUUUCGGCCGAGGGUGUUCGCGAUCAGUAUGCCGAUGGGAAGGCGGCCAAGGUGUGGGAGGUUUUCAUUGGGGACAAAAAGAGCAGAACGGAAAACUAUCGGAACUUCCUCGUUGAGAAGUUGCGGGACAGUGGCUGCAAGAGAGUGUUGGAUGUGGCCUGUGGAACCGGUGUCGAUUCCAUUAUGCUGCUGGAGGAAGGAUUUGAGGUCGUUUCGAUCGAUGCCUCGGAUAAGAUGUUGAAGUAUGCGCUCAAGGAGCGCUGGAAUCGCCGGAAAGAGCCCAUGUUUGAUAAUUGGGUUAUUGAGGAAGCAAACUGGCUCACGCUAUACGACGACAUCCAGCACCUGAUUGGGGAUGGAUUCGAUGCCGUCAUUUGUCUGGGAAAUUCGUUUGCCCAUCUGCUGGACAAUUUCGGUGACCAGCGGGAACAGAUCCAGGCCAUCCGGAACUUCGAGAAGUGCGUCAAGCCCGGUGGACUGCUGUUGAUCGAUCACCGGAAUUAUGACAAUAUUAUGGACACUGGGGCGACGCCCAGCAAGUGUAUCUACUACAAUAGCAGCCACACGACCGAUAUCAAAACGUCGGUUCUGUAUGUCGCCUCGAAGCCAGCGCUGGUCACCCUGGACUAUAUCAUCAGUACCGGAAGCGGGGAUGCGAGUGAAUUCCGGCUUUCAUACUACCCGCACAAGUUGCGCGUUUUUGAGGAAAUUCUGAAGGACAUCUUCAAGGGAGCCAAAUCGCACGAAAUUUUCGGUGACUUCAAACCCCUAACAAAGGUUACCCAUCCGGCAUUCUACAUCCACGUGGUUCAGAAGACCAAGUGAGGAGGGACGCUGUUUUGUUUUUGUUUUGGUUGAACCAGCUAGACGUGCAUUUUUUAAGUAAAUUAAGUACCUUUUUUAGACCGAAAUGUUGACUUAGAUCAAUAAACCACUAGAGAAACAUAUAAUAUAUGAAGAUGAUAGCAUUCCAAUAAAAGUCAGUUGUCUUCAAUAA